GUUUAGCAAUGGAGUCGUCUGAAGAGCUGGAUACAUGGCGCUACGUUAUAAUGUUAGCCAAGUUUAUGAUGCAUUUCCUUCACAUUGGACUAAUAAGAUCACUAUCAGUUCUCAUUCCCUAUCUCGCCUUUCAACUGGACAUGGAAUACUCAACUUCUGGAUUCCUGGUUACACUGCAGGCUGGCAUAUACUACAUCGCGUGUCCAGCAAGUUGUUAUUUGGCUCAUAAGUUUGGUUGUCGCCGUGUAACCGUCAUCAGUUGUUUCCUAUCUACAAUAUCCCUCUUAGCAGGAUCAUUCAGUCAAUCAGCAACCUUUCUUGGUUGUUCAUAUUUCUUAACAGGUCUUUUCUCUUCUCCAUUGAGGCAAAUGUCGAAUGAAAUGCUUCCUCAACAUUACGGAAAACAUGGAUAUGGAUUUGCGCAGACGGUCACACAGUUGGGCAGUCAGGUUGGCAGUUUCUUGAUGCCAUACAUCAUAGUUUUUACUCUUGAUGCUUAUGGGGUGAGAGGAAGCCUAUUUUUCCUAAGUGCAAUGGUGUUUCAUGGCGUACCCAUAGCGGCGACAUUACGUCCCCCGCGACUUCCACAAGGCCCAUCUGAAACGAACAGUUCUAUCCGAGGAGAUGGCGAUGGACCAGAACUCGAGCCACUUCAAACUGGUGACGAAUUAGAGAGCCCUACUAGUAAAGAAGAAAGUGUGGAUUUAGAGAAUGACAAUGGCCUAAAGAAAAAAGAAGACCAAAUUCCUCAGCACUUAAAGGUCGAUAUGUUUCGAAGUAUGAUUCAUCAAACCUUUGAUUUUUUCAAAGAGGAACUUGUUUUUACAUUUCUCCUCCUUCCAUGCCAGAUUUUGUUCGACAUAACUUUCGCUGGCUGGGAAGUGUUCCUCUUCUCCUAUGGGAUCACUGAAGGAUUGUCCAAAGAUAAAGCCGUUUAUACGGUGAUGAUGGGUUCUAUUGGCGGGUUAGUCGGACGCUUUUCAUUAAUAGCAAUCCUCUACAAAUUUCCUUUAGUGACUUUGUAUCUGGUUGCAUUGAACAUGGGUAUAGUGUCCGUCACGCUCUUAGUAUACCCCAUCAAUUCCUCGCUCACCUAUUUGGCCAUUUGUUCUUUUUUUGCCGGGUUCGGUUUCUUCAAUGCCUUUUCAUCUUUUUACGGUGCUGUCUCUCUUCUGGUGGGGAAGGAUAAUUUCCCAAAGGCCAUUGCUUGUUCCCUCAUGCUAUGUGGAAUUUCAUAUUUAUUAUCCGGAAUACUAACAGGUUCUAUGUACGAUUUGUUUGGUUCAUACCGGGCUGUCUUCCGUGUCUUAGGAAUCAUGUCAGGUGCCGCUAGUUCGGCAAUCACUAUUUAUAUCUGUGUUGACUAUUCUAGAAACAAAAAUAAGUCGCUUUGAUGUUAUACUUAUGUCACUUUUGUUUACCCCUGUCAGUUUAACACUUGACAUUUCCACCGAACGGGCCUUUCUGACAUGGAAGAUAAUCGUACCCUUUCUUAUGUAUAUUAUAGAUUUCUUUUAGACCUAUAAUGUUUGACGUCAACACUCGCAUUUUUCGAAUGUACAGGUAUGCCUUGAAAAUCAUAACAAUGAAUGCAUCACUUAUGUACCUUAUGCACAUAAGAUUCAAGAUUCAACUUCCAGUGUGUCUCACGACACACAUGUAUAGUGUUUAGUAGAAAACAAACAAAGUCUGUGAUUCGGGGGGGGGGGGCGCUUUGGGUCUAAUGCCUCUCCCCUUCAAAAGAUGAAGAGCUCUCUUUCAAAAGGGGUUAGGUCCAUUUUUCAUCAAAUUUGAUUUUUAUGUCUCAAUGAAUAGA